AUGAGAAAAUUUAUUGAUCAUUAUUCUUAUCAAACGGGAAGAACCAGACUUUUCGCCGUGGAUCCUGGUGAUGUCGGCUUUGGUCAUGGCUUUCGAAAUUCAUUCACUCAAUUACUAGGCACAGCGGACAAUCCUGGAGGCCAUAUCGUUGUCAGCAGACAGUUCGUUCCAAAUCGGGGCUGGAAAACUAUUCCUAUUGAUACCGACCUCGCUGAAAUGUCAGUAGCUACCUACUCAAUUGAAGUCAACGAUUCUGUCAGUGGAAGUCUGGGAUUGGCCACAGGAACCCCUUCCGAUCCUAGAUUUGGUGAAGUCCUGUCAUUAGCAGCUGUU